AUGGCGGGAGGCCGUCAAGAGUGGAGCGAGGAGGUGGCACUUCUCAAUAGCACCGCUACGGGCCCCUUCCUGCCCCAGCUGGUAGAGGGCUAUCUCCAGCUGGACACCAAUGUCUCGACCGGCAGCACCCCCAGGACCACCCCCGACCACCUAGAGGCGGUGUACAUCCUCAUCCUCCUCGGCUUUUUUGCCUUCUUCACCCUGGGCAUCAUGCUGAGCUACAUCCGCUCCAAGAAGCUGGAGCACUCCCACGACCCCUACAACGUCUACAUCGAGUCCGACUGCUGGCACCAGAAGGACAAAGCCUACUUUCAGGCCCGGUUCCUGGAGAGCUACCGGGCCUGCUACGUCAUCGAAAAUAAGAUGGCGGCAGAGCAGCCCAACGUCUACCUUCCCGAGGAGAAAUUCGCCCUGCAGGUGGACGCAAACCGGGUGGUGAAUCCCUGAUGGACCCAGCAGCUCAAAGUACCAUUUUCUGCCUCUUCACACAUUUCUGUAAUCUUCCAGCUGGGAGGCAGGAGGUGGGGCUUUGAGAGAGGUCACAGGUGACUGGAUUAUAUUUUCACCAUUUUUUAAAAAUUAUUUUAGAAUUUCUUUUAGAUCCCAACAGUGGAAGAAUGUCCCAAGAGGGACCGGAAACAUUCUGAGAUAGAGUUGCCCCACAGAGCCCCUCUCUCCUGGUCUCAGCAAAUUUAGAAGAGGGAGAGAGUAGGAAGGAGGUAGGGGUUUGUACCACGAGCUAUAGCAAGCACGUGGGGAGAUCCCUAGUAUGAUCCACUGUCCGUAAAGUCUCUGUGAGCAGGGAUAGCAUCUACCAACUCUAAUCAAAAUAAUAAUCA